UCAUUUUGGAUUUGGGUAAAUAUGGUAAAUGAUCCACUGGUUCUCAUUUAGCCUUAAUUUCUGUGAAAAUGGUGAAACUCUAUUUGGAUCAUUCAGGAAGUGAAAUCAUUUUAACUGGAACUGUUUUUUGGAAUCUCUUUCUCUUUCCAUACACAGAGACAAGAGAGAGUCUUAAUUUUUAAAAUCUUCCAGCCUACUCCCACAUAGUGGGAACAACAGCAAAAAGGUCAUUAUUCAUUCUCCCUGCUCCAAUGGGUGAUAAGACAAAGGUAGUAAAAGUUCUUAGCAACUUGAUUUGUGUCCAAAAGCUUGCAAAGAACAAUUUUUCCAGCUAUUUAGUUGGUCUAAUAUAUCAUAUUUAUCCAAAGAACCUUGUUAGCAACUUGAUGGUUUUUAAAUACAAAUCUGUCUAAUGUUGAAUUCUGGCCUAUGCAAGUCUCAAAUGUUCACCCUGUAAACUAGCAAAAAGAAAGUUAUUCCAUUUCCACUGACACCUGUACAACAGAUAACUUUCAUAACUUUUUUUCUAGUCUCUUUUUAUGACCAGGUUACGAAACGCCUGGACACAGGAGGAGGGGUGGAUGUCGUAUACUUAGACUUCAGGAAGGCCUUCGAUACGGUAUCCCACCCCCAUACUGGUGAACAAGUUAAGAGGCUGUGACUUGGAUGACUACACAGUCCGUGAGAACCACAGUAAUAGAAGCGGGUGUCUAUGUUAACAGCAUCGGCCCAGUUGACCCAAUCAAUAUGGAAUACACUAUAGAUAUAAUUUUUGCCCAAACUUGGUAUGACAGUCGUCUAAAAUUUAACAGUUCAAUGAAAGUACUUAUGCUUAAUAGCAAUAUGGUUGGAAAAAUAUGGAUUCCAGAUACAUUCUUCCGGAACUCAAGAAAAUCUGAUGCUCAUUGGAUCACAACUCCAAACCGUUUGCUUCGAAUCUGGAAUGAUGGGCGAAUAUUAUAUACUCUGAGGUUGACAAUUAAUGCUGAAUGUUAUCUUCAGCUUCAUAACUUUCCUAUGGAUGAACAUUCCUGCCCACUGGAGUUUUCAAGCUAUGGGUAUCCCAGAAAUGAAAUUGAAUACAAAUGGAAAAAAACCUCUGUUGAAGUGGCAGAUCCCAAAUACUGGAGACUGUACCAGUUUGCAUUUGUAGGGCUAAGAAAUACAACUGAAAUUUCUCAUACUCUGUCUGGAGAAUAUAUUAUCAUGAGAAUCUUCUUCGAUUUGAGCCGACGUAUGGGAUAUUUUACUAUUCAGACAUACAUUCCUUGCAUACUCACAGUAGUUCUUUCUUGGGUGUCAUUUUGGAUUAAUAAAGAUGCAGUGCCUGCAAGGACAUCAUUGGGCAUUACCACAGUAUUAACUAUGACUACGCUAAGUACAAUUGCUAGGAAGUCACUCCCCAAGGUUUCAUAUGUGACAGCAAUGGACCUCUUUGUUUCAGUUUGCUUCAUUUUUGUGUUUGCUGCUUUGAUGGAGUAUGGUACCUUGCAUUAUUUUACAAACAACAAAAAAGGGAGCAGAGAGAAAGAGAAGUCAAAGCACAAACCAUCAAAAUCACCUGCAAUUGCUGUCCGUCCUGGGUCAACAUUAAUUCCAAUUAACAACCUCAGUCAUCUCCCAGAACAUGAUGAUGAUUAUGGAUAUGAGUGUCUGGAGGGGAAAGACUGCACCAGCUUCUUUUGCUGUUUCGACGACUGCCGCACGGGAUCUUGGAGAGAAGGAAGAAUACACAUCCGUGUUGCUAAAAUUGACUCCUAUUCUCGAAUCUUCUUUCCAACCGCUUUUGCCUUGUUCAACCUUGUUUAUUGGAUUAGCUACCUUUAUCUAUGAAUUGGAACAUUUGACAAACUCAGAAAGGGAUAAUUUAAUGCAUCUUAAAGAAAGCUUAAAAAAUUAGAGCUAGUAAAAAAAAUUCUCUCAAAUUUUGGUGAAUUUUGAAAAUUUUAAAACAUUGGAAGGAAUUAUGGUGACAGUUUCAUAAUAUUUUUCCCCUCUUUUGAUCAACUCUAUGGGCAUUUUUAAGUUUUGAAAUUAGUAGGAAACUUCCUUUUUUCUGGUAAAAGUUUCCCUCACUUUUCUAUUUAAAAUGCAGUCAGGGAUUACAUGGUUAAAUUGGAUGACUAUAACUUCAGAAUUUCUUUCUUAAAUGAUAUAACAGUUAAACCUUAUAGCAUUCUUACACCAAAGUUAUCAACAAUUUAAUAAAAUGGGAAUACCAUCAUUGUUAUAUAAUUCUCAUGUCAACCUUUUCCAUUAUAGGUAGCUUGAAAAAUCUUGGAUUUUUAUAAAUUCCUAUUUAAAAAAGGUUGGAAUAGAAUGUUCUUUAGUGACUUUAGCCAUUUGUCUUCUGCAAUAUGUUAAGUGUGUUCAAGUGUGAAUGCACAUAAUCAGAGUGACAAGAUGGGAACAGCAUAUUACAUAUAUAUUAUAUAAAGGCAAUGGUAAUUCUAGGUUUGUUUGAUGCUGAUCAUUACAUAGUUUUGUGCUUUCAACCUCAGCUAAGUUUUACACUUGCACGUUAUCCAUCUUUGCUUAGCUGUUGUGAGAUUCUUGGACUUCUCAAGAUAGGACAAAAUCCUUCCAUGCCUAAGUGGUGUUAUGUUGCUCUAUUGACUUCAUCAGAACUCUGCCCAUAUAUAGUAUCAGAGAAUCUGGCCACGUAGACAAGCAUGUACUCAUCUCUUCUCCACUCCCCCAUUUAUUUUGAUUAAUUUAACUGGACCUGAUUGGAGCCUUAAUGCACAUCAUAGUGGGUGCACCUAUGCGGGAUGCUUUAUUGCACGGUAGACUAAUCUACUGUGCAGUAAAGUGUCACUAUGUAACUGUGCAGCAGCUACUGCAAAAUAAAAUAAGAUAAUGCACAGUUUUCUACUACCUGUAAAAACAGGUAGUAGAUUUACCAUGCAAGAACUACUGCACUGUAGUGCGUGUGUAGACAGCUGACCAGGAGCAAAUUCUUCCUGUCAGCCCAGGCAGCAGGGGGCAGGAGAACAGACGAUUGAAGCUGGGGCUGGGACACCAUUCCCUGCCCUGGCAGCUGGCUGCUGCUGGACCCACACUCUAUUCUUGAAGCUGGGUUGAUGAUAUUGUCCCCUGCCCCGGCAGCUGCCUGUUGCCAGGCCCCUCCUCUCAUCAGGAACCCUGCAGCAGGCAGAUGCCAGGGCAGGGGACAAUGUCUGCCUGAGCUCUGAGACUGGAGCAGGGGCUUGAGCAGGCAUCUGCUCAAGGUAGGAGUGUAGGGCUGGGAAGCAGCUGCCUCAGAAGCAAGACAGCUCCCUCCAACCUCUGGAGCCCAGAUUUCACCCCAGUGCCCCCUGCCAGCCUAUGGCUGGCACCUGGGGGAACCUGGAGCUCUCCCACCUGCUGUAGGGCAGGAGUAACCCUGCACUGAACUGCGCCCAUUGGGCGCACAUGUAGAUGAGCUUCCAAGGAAUGCUUACUGCGUAGUAUUUUACUGCACGGUAAGCUUUCAGCACAUUAAUAAUACAUGUAGACAUGCCUAAUAGGAUUUGUUGCUAUAAAUUUGGACCCACCAUUGCCAUGUCUUUCAAAGUCAUUCUAUUCAGACUUUAGCCAUCAGAACAAAGUGUGUGGCCUUCUCCACUUCACUUACAGGGUAAUUCAAGGUGGCAUUGCUUCUGUUGAUUUGGUCUGCUUCUUUGCAUAUCAUUUACUAAGCCAGCUCCAAACUUUAUGAAUAUUUUCAAUCUGGAAUAUGAACUUAUUUUUAAUAGUUUCUCUAAUAUUUGUGUAUUUUAUUAGAAGUUCCUGUUGUGCAGAAAGCAAAAAGUAAUGAUUAUUUAUUUCAAAUAAUUCUCCGUGGUGAGACACAUACCUGAACAUUUCAGGACCCAGUCCUGCAACCUCUCCACAGAUAAAAUGUCCAUGCACUUUGGUAAGAUUUCUCUAAGUGAUUGGCUGUCCCGGUUGCUCUUUAAAUGUUAAAUAUUGUUGGCUGACAAAUUUAAUUACCACUUUUAAAUUAGGGUUCUUCACUAUGAAAAAAUAUAAUCUUUUCUGCUUUCUCUCUUAUGUAGACAGUGAAUCUUGCCUUAAGUGAACCCAUGAAAGUCAGCUCCAUAACUGAGAUAUUCUUUAAUUAAAAAUCAGAAUUACAUAGAAGACCUCAAGGUAUGUUGAAAAGGAUUUGUGGGACAAGGAGAUGUAUGUGAGAGAUGGUGCCUUGUGCAGGUUUUAUGAUAUUAGAAGCUAUCUCCAGUAGAUAAAAAGAAAGAAAAUCACAGUGAACAAUACAGAAUUAUUUAUUAUAUUAAAAGGGAGCACCCUAAUAUCUAUUGAAUAUCAUCUCUUCUCUAGAUUACCACAGGAAAUGUAACCUGUUUUUAUGCUACCUAGUUCCACAAGCAAUUGGAUUUGAUAUACAGAACACAUUUCCCAUGUGAAACAUGAGAAUAAUAUCUGACCCCAGAACUUAAUAAAAUAUGCAAACAGAAGUUCACUGAUUCUGAGAGAAAGCAAAUUAAUGGUGAGCAUUCUUUAAAACAAACUUUAUUACAAUAUUAUUUGACUGAAUAAUUGCUUCUCUUUUGAGGAGAAUUCAAAAGAUGCCACUGAUCUUAUCAGACUUCAGUUUUUUGGGUGACCUUUUAGAGUUCACCCUCCAUAUUAGAUUUAGGGUAAAAGUGAGGCAGCAUUUAACAACAUUUCCUGAGCUACUGUAAUAUUGUUAUUGUUUAGCAGCCCAGUUUCCAGGAAACAUUCAAUAACAUGGAAACAUGCCAAUUCACUAGGAGUGUAGUUGUGAUAUUUUAACUGUAUCUGGCACAGCAUUAUAUGUCUUGGAAAAGAAGAUGUGUGUAUGCAGGUGAAGGUGGUUUCAGUAGCAGAAGGUCAGAUGUACCUUGAAGUACAAUGCUCAUUGUAAAACAAAGGCCAGAUCCUUUCAGGUGCCAAGCUCCAUCAAUUCCCCUUUAAAUAAAUGGAGCUUGAAGAACUCAGCACUUCAUGAGAGGGAAUCAGUUCUUCACAGCCCUAAUGAGGCUGCUCUCUUUUGACACACGUAGUUAGUUAUUUCUAUUUCAUGUAGUUGUCACUUGCCAAUCAGCCUUCAAUGAUUGAAUUAGAAAAUAAAAAACAUCCUGAAUUGGCAGGGGAUGAACAAGAAGUCUUUCAUCUCUAAUUUCUAUGAAACAAUAUAAUAGAGUAUUAAAGCUAUUGAAUGUUAUGGCUGUUUGGCAUAUAGAUACAUUUGCUUCUGUCUGUUGACAAACUUUUCUGUGUACCUCAUUUGUUACUGGUGAAAUCAUUCUAGCUUUUCAUAGUUGUGUGCAAACAGAAAUGGGAAUGCACUGAACUGUAACUUGGCAUGUAAUAAAUGGUAUUACUUUAGCCCUAAGUGUUUCCUUUCUAAUCUUCACAUAAACAGUUCCCCAUGAUACCAAAAUGUCUAAAUGACUUUUAUGGAAAAAUGGCAAGAAGCAAAGAUUGUUCUUACUUGAAGAUAGAUGUGGGGAUUAGUUUUCAAAGUAUAACUAUAAAAUGGAGAGUGUUUCAUUUGCUGUGGUAUGUCACUGUGGGAUUUGGAGUCAUAGUUUUGCACUAUAGCCCUGUAUUCUUUACACCAAUUAAGUAAAUGUCUUAAUCCAAGGUGGCCAACUUGCGGCACAUGCAAGUAGCACAAUCCCCUUUGAUGUGUGGGCAGAUUGGGAAGGGGGAAGGGAGCAUAAAGCAGAGCAGCAGAUCAGGUGAGGGGAGGGGAGUGUUACUCAGGAGGAUGUGGGGCUUAAUCUGUGGCCCACCUGCCAAGAUGGUUGGCCCCACUGCCUUAAUCUAUCCCUUUUCAGCAACCACCCCCUGACAAGAAUCCAGCCUGGAUUAAGGAAAGCACUUAAGUAUGUGUUUAAGUACUGCCCUAAAAUAGUGAUGCUUUCCUGAAUGUGGAUUUUAGCAUGCUUAAAUUAUGGUGAUAUCAACGAGCAGUACUUGGAAGUUGAAAUGAUUGAGAUACAAGGAUAUUAUUUUAUAGGCCAGUAAUUUCAAUGGAAGGUUUUCUCACUGACUGCAAUGAUCUGUGUAUCAGACUCUAUACAAAAAAAGAAUGGUGAGAAAAUGUGGGGAAAACUUUGUGAAACUGUACCUAAUAUUGGAGAGUUCCUGAAAUAUAUUUUGCAACAGAAAGACCAUCUUCAAUGAUAUUUUUGCAGUCCUGUUGGUCAUCCCUCUGUAGUAGUCAGUGCUGCUGUGUUAUUCUGAAGCAAGAUUUUGUGCAUUUGACUUUGCCUCACUGGAUUUCACCCCUCUGUGUUUGCAUGCUUCUGUUUCAUGUAGCAGUGGGACCAAUCGAAGUAUGAACUCUGACUAAAUAUGCUUCUCACUAUUUUUGUCAACAUGCUUCAAAAGCUUGAGAUUUAUCCAGUCUUAUAACAUUCAGUGACAGGGGUAUUGCGGUCACACUCUAAGAAUCACCUCAGACCAUGUUACUUUGCCUCUGUAAUUACAUAUGUUAAUUCAGGCUUUGUCUUAAGUGAUAUGUGAAGUAUGCUUUGUAACUUGAUCACAAUAAGGUGAACUUGUGGCCUUUCACUUGAAAAGUCAAAAGAAAAAGGUCAGAAUGGCUAAAAUUAUUUGCAUAACAUUAGAUAUAUUCUGUUUAGCAAUGUCAAUCAUCUCAACUGACACUUAAAACUAGAUGAGAGUAAAGAAGAUUACCCUAAUUUAUAUUCUUAAAUUUCCAUUAAUAUUUAAAGCUAAAUUGCAUACCUCAUUGUCAUUCUUCUCUGUAUAAUCAGGCUUUCAAAAUGAUCUUUUAUCUGUUUUUGUUGUACCCGGAUGAAAAACCUGAAGAUUUUCACUAGUAUAUGUGUCCAACAAGUGGAAAUCAAAAUCUUUGUCCAUUAAGUAGAGUAUAAUAUUUUACUAACAUACAUUAACAAAACUAGACAGAGCUGCUUGGAGGUAAUAUCUUAGAAGCUUAUAAGAUCUUUAGUCCACCCAUAUACAUUCCAAGGAUUAAAUUCAUGCAUAUAGAGAAGGUCAGCUUUAUUGGUUAUACACAGAGUAUUCACGUGGCAACAACUUCAUGCCAUACAUGUUACAGAAGAGUUUUCUGUGUUAAUUGUAUAACUAGUUAAGAAGGGGACAAGAAACAGGUCGGGUGUGAAGCUACAGAAUCCAAAUUAUGGUGAGUCAAGUGGCUCUCAAUCACUUGCAGAGGGCCAAGAUUUAGACAUUUACAUUAAAGUGCUUCUAUUGAGUUCAUUGUGCAUUGAAAUUCAGUUAGAAGAAAGUUUGACUGCAAUUACAGCCAUGGAGAGGGAGCCCUAGAUUUUCUAGGGAUGUGGCCUGACUUCAUUUCAUUUCUCUUACUCUGUCUUCUGCAAAAAAAACAACAAACCUGUUUAAAAAAUGGAAAAAGGUGUCCUUCGUCCUGUAUUUUUCUGCUGUCACAAAUCACUAAAUCAUGAUAAUAAGAUGGAGACUAAUUCCUAAUUCAGGAAUGUUAUGAAUUAGCAAGUGCAUUAACAAAUAAAAUCAAGGGUUAUUGCUUCACAA